AUGGGACAGUCUCGGCCCUCACCAUUUACAUCCCAGACUCCACGGCCUCACCUUCUCAUGGGACAGUCUCAGCCCUCACCAUUUACGUCCCAGACUCCACGGCCUCACCUUCUCAUGGGACAGUCUCGGCCCUCACCAUUUACAUCCCAGACUCCACGGCCUCACCUUCUCAUGGGACAGUCUCAGCCCUCACCAUUUACGUCCCAGACUCCACGGCCUCACCUUCUCAUGGGACAGUCUCAGCCCUCACCAUUUACAUCCCAGACUCCACGGCCUCACCUUCUCAUGGGACAGUCUCAGCCCUCACCAUUUACGUCCCAGACUCCACGGCCUCACCUUCUCAUUCAUAAACUGCAGGGAGAGGGGGCCGCGGAGUGUCCACUGCUCGUAUUGGCCAACAAGCAGGACAUUCCACAAGCCAUCUCUUUUGCCGAGGUCAUUGACGCUCUCAACCUCAACCAAAAGCAGCAGCCCUGGUCCUUACACGACACCUCCUCCGGUAUCUACGAGGCGCUUGACUGGCUGGCUGAUCAUUUCUCCGAGUAA